AUGUCUUCUGUAUCACCCAAGACCAUCGCCCAAAAUGUCGCCGCCAGAAGACGUGGAUCUAAAAUUAGUAAUAAUCGACCAAUUAACAAUACUAGUCCUAAUACCAGAUCCAAACGUAAUGCUAGUACCAGCAAUUCACAUUCUACUAACUCGAUUACACGAAGAACAACUCGAAUACAGACCCGAUCUGCAACGGCCAAUUCAAGAUCAAAUUCCAUUAGUCGACCAACUGUUGAUAUUGAAACAGGUACUUUGAUAAGACGUCCAGUCAAAAGACGACGUCAAGAAAAAUCAUUGUCAAUGUUUUUUCUUGCUCUCGAUGAAUCACAUAAUGGUGCUACUAAACGAGAACGUUCAGUUACAAAUACUAGGUCAUCACUAUAUAAUAAUAAAAACAUUGAUAAUGAUGUUACAUCUUCCGAUGACACGGCGAUGGAUCUUUCAUCUGAUGUAACGAUGGAGGAGGAUGCUACAGAUAUGACAAGUAAUGAGUCAGUUGAUGCAAUGAUCAUUGAUUCGAAAGAUUCGGAAUCAAAAGGGAUUUCAGAUUUUCUAAUAGAUUCGCCUAAACUGAUGUUAAAUCAUUCAAAAGAAGUAUCGGACAUUAAUCAGAUAGAAGAAAUGCUGAUCAAUUCUACUGAUGAGAAAUCAAAAAUGUCAACAACUGUAGACAUCAAAGAUUCCAUUGAUAAACCUCCACAAGAUUCAUCAAAUGAAAUAGUUGAUGGGUUGACCAAUGUUAUUAAUAUUACUUCAACGGAUGUAGUGGUAGAUGGUUCUGAAAAGAAGGGAUCACUUGACGAGAAAAAAAUAAAGGAAACAACAGAAAAUUCUAAUGAUUUAAUUAUAGAGGAUUUAUCCGAUAAAUCGAAAGAUGCCAAUAUUCUAGAAAGUAAUUUUAAAGAUACAAUGAAAGAUGAAUCAUUAAAAUCAAAUAUUCAAAGUUCAUCUAAUAAAAUGAUUAAUGAAAUAGAAAAUGUAUUAAAUAAUGAAUCAAUGGACACAAAAGAUGACAAUACAUACAAUACAUUAGAUAAUAAAUUAGAUAUUGUUACAGAAGAAAUAGAGACGAAUCAUUCAGAGAAAGUAAUGGCGGAUAAUUUGAAUAAUAAAUCUAUAAAAAUUCCAUUUAAUGAAACAAUUCAAGAUUCGGAAAACAAACAAAGUUCAUUGAUGGAUAAACCAAUGAACGAAGCAAUGAGGGAUCUUUCUGAUAAAACUAUUAAUGAAUCAAAAGUUAUAGUUAGAGGGAUUACAAUUAAUAAUAAAUCAGAAGAUUCAGCGAAAGGUGAUUCUAAAGAUAUGCCAAUAAAUGAACUAACAUGUCAAAUUAUUGAUAUUGUAGAAAAGGCAAGACCUAAGAAUGAAAAAUAUCAAAAUGAGAAUUUGAACAUAUCAAAUGAAGAAACUGGAAAUACUUUAGAUGAUUCUGAUAUUCGACGGGACAAAACUUCAAUAGAUUUGCAACAAAAGGAAAACAAUUUACUUAAACAGGUUAGGAUAGAAAGCUCUUUUCCAAACGAUCCCAGUUGUUUGACUGAAAAAAGGAAUGAUUCAAAUGAUACAAAUAUUAGUAUUUUUGCUAAUCUUGGUUUAGUUGAAAGUGAAGAGAAUAUGGAAACCAAUUCAGUUAUUGAGAAUAAAGUUACAAAUUUGGAUUCGAAUAAAAUCACAAAUUCGGAUUUAAUAGAAAACGCCUCCGAGAAAAUUCCUUCAGUAGAUAACGAAGGUAUGAAUAUACUAGAUACAGAAAAAAAAAUAGAAGAAAAAUUAGAUAACUCUUUUAGCAUACCUCCUGGUAUCGAAGUGAUUAAUUUAAUAUCAGAUGAUGAAGAGAAUGAAGAGGAUGACGUUAUAACAGUAAAUUCGUGGUCUUCAAUGGAUGUUAAUAUAGAUGAAGACGAUAUACCAUUUUUAUCAGACCCAGAGGAAGGAGAAUGGCAUUCGAGUGAAGAGGAAAAUAUGGAACAAGAUAAUGCGAAAGAAAAAUAUAAGAAAGAUGAUGAGGAGGAGGAAGAUGAAAAUAAAUUUAAAAUUAAUGAUUUGAUGAAAGGAAUGAAUUCACAUACAAUGAUUAAGUUAAUCGAUCGUAUUUUUCCUUUAGGAACUAAAAGAAGAAAAUCGAUGUAUUCUAGGAAAAGUGCAUCUAGUAGCUAA